AUGUGGAUUAUAUUAGCUCCUGCUAUUGCAGGAUGGUUAAUUGGAUCGGACCUCCUAUUUCAGGAUGAGAUAGAGUCUUUGAAAAAGUUGUCUAGAGCUCAAAUGGAUGAGAUUAAGUCUUUGAAAAAGGCGUCUAGGGCUCAAAUGGCUACGUACACAAAAUUAGAAAUGAAGUUGGACGAUCUAAACCAGGUUCAGUCAUAUGGGGCUCAAAUGGACGAAAUGAAAGAAACUAGAAAGACUUGGGACGGUGUACUGCACCAACUUGUUGUCCCCAACAAGAAGAAACUGAGCGAAGUUUCAUAUGAAGAAAUGGAUCAGAAGAAACGGUUUGCUUUAGAUCAGAGAAUGAAGGCAGAAUAUGGACUCUUUAAAAACUAA